UGUUAGUGAUUCGCGCUCUGUUGAUUAAAGUUUAUUAAUUGUAAUUCAAAUGAGGGCAAACUACUGUGUACCGUUCUAUGUAACAUCCGACAUGUCCCGUGCGAGUUAUACGGUGGUUUGAGUUCGCUAUCCGAAUGUUUGAGGGAGCCAGGCAUAGCAGACGAGCAGCACACAGCUCAUGCCCUUCGGUGUUCCUGUUGACGCUACAGGCUGGAGAGAGCUCGAGGAGGACGACGCUCAGACGGACGUUUGAUUUGACGUUCAUAGAGAGUUUGGCAGAUUUGGGGAGGAAAGUUCCAGAAGUCACUUGUAACAUGGACUCGAUCUACAGUGACACGUACUCGCACUGUUGGAACCAUAAAGCUUUACCUUCAGAUGUCCAGAAAGUGAUUGUUGGUGAAGAACAUCCGCAGGAGUGGAGCUCAAGUCUGGACCAGGAGGACACAAAGCCCCCCCACAUUAAAGAGGAACAGGAGGAACUCCGGAUCAGUCAGGAUGAAGAGCAGCUUCAAGGGCCGGAGAAGGCUGAUACCACCAAGUUCCCAUUCACUCCCGUCUCUGUGAAGAAAGAAGAUGAAGAGAAACCUCAGUUCUCAGCUUUUUUUCAAAGACAAACUGAACAGAUGAAAAGAGAAGCUGACGGAGAGGACUGUGGAGGACCAGAACCAGCCAUGAAAUCAGAUCCAGAUCCACAUUUACAACCAGCUACUGAUGACGAGACUGGAGACUCUUCUGAGCCUGAGACUGAUGACAGUGCUGAUUGGAAGGAGACCAGAGAACCUCAGUCAGGUUUAAACUCUCUGAAUAAUGAUGAAGUCCCGGUCAGUGAUUCAAGAUAUAGUACUAGUGAAAAAGAGUGUGGAGAAAAACUUUGCACCACUGGACUUCUGAAAAGACACAUGAGAUCUUAUACAGGAAAGAGACAAUUUAGCUGCUCGGUCUGUAAGAAAGCAUUUAUAAAGAGUGGACAUUUACAGGAACACAUGAGAGUCCACACUGGAGAGAAACCAUUUAAAUGUCCAGUCUGUAUGAAAGCUUUUAGGUGGAGUGGACAUUUACUGACACACAUGAGAACCCACACAGGAGAGAAACCAUUUAACUGCACAGUCUGUAAAAAAGCUUUUACAGUGAAUGGAAAUUUACAGAAUCACAUGAGAAUCCACACAGGAGAGAAACCAUUUAGAUGCUCAAUCUGUAGGAAAACUUUUACAGUGAGUGGAAAUUUACAGAAACACAUGAGAAUCCACACAGGAGAGAAACCAUUUAGCUGCUCAGUCUGUAAGAAAGCUUUUAAUGAGAGUGCACAUUUACAGAGACACAUGAAAACCCACACAGGAGAGAAACCAUUUGGCUGCUCGAUCUGCAAGAAAACUUUCAUAGAGAUUGAACAUUUAAGGAAACACAUGACAAUCCAUGUAUUUUAAGACGUGUUGCAUGGAGAUCCAGUCUGGAAGGAGAGGAAAUGAAUGAAUUCUCUAAAAGUAUUAUGAGAUGUAACCCUCCUUUAAAAAAUCUAAAAUCAAAUAAUUAGAAUUAUUUCUUUGUUAUAUUGUGCGAGAGGUACAUUUGUUACAUUUUGCUUUAAUCAACCUCUAUUGUUCGUUUAUUCAUUAAUUGAUUGUUAGUCUAGUCUUCACAUCGGCACGCUCUCUUGCAGGUAACUAAUCACCUAACCUGGCACCUUAACUUACACAGAUUAACUUUAAACAUGCAGAC